UAUAGUUAAAACAAAUCAAAAAAGGCAAUAAAAAUAAUAAAAAACAAAAAUGGAAACUCCGCCAACUGUGAAUGCAUCUCAAGGAGAUUCAGUAACAGCGGGAAUAUCGCGCAGUGGACGUGUGAGAAAGAAAUCUUCCAAACUACUUGAUUUUCAAUCACCAGAUGAACUUGAAAAGAAACCAAAACGAGCGCCAAAACCAUUACGUAGUGGUUUACGUGGUAGGCCACCUAAGGACGGUCGCAAAAAAAAUAAUGAUACGGACAACGUGGCAGAUGAUAAUGAUGGAAAUGAAUCUGAUUCAAAUGACGAACAAUUAUCGGAUGUGCCUUUAGAAAAUGCACUUGUUGCUCCAGAUUCGGAAGAUGAAUUGGAUGAACUUGUGGCUGAUUUAGUAGAAGGUGUUGAAGCAGAAUCUUUGGAACACGCAAAUAAUCACGAUUCAAAAGUACGUCAAAGUCUUUAUAUGACCGAAAAGUCAAACAAAAGAAAAUUCCUGCAAGAUGGAAAAGUUAUAACAAGGAAAUUGGAGCGCAAGGAUAAAGGAAAGUCGCGUUAUACAGCCUAUAGUAUGUGGGCACGUGAAUUUAGAAAAACAUCAAAGUUUAGUAAAAAUCAAGAUUUAGAAUUUAAAAUUGCAGAUUUUUCGAAUACUGCUAGACGGCUAGGUGAAUUAUGGGCAAAUGUAUCCAAUAAAGAGAAAAAUACAUGGCGCAGAAGAGCAAAACUAGAAGCUGGCAAGGCAAGGAUUACUAUGGAGCAUGCAAAAUUGGGACUAUCAGCAAAACAUAGUUUAAAUUCGGCAUUUUUUAAUCGAGCGACAACAAGUCGAACUAAGAAGCUGGCAGAAGUUAGUAAAUCCUUAAUAAAAGAUCUUAAUAAUAGUGAAACUAAUAAUAUUGUAAAAAAGAAAAAAAAUUAUACAACAAACAAUGGUAAUAAUUCUGCUCAUAUAACUACUAAUGAAGUACCUUCUCAAACGUAUCCAAGUACAAAUGCACAAAAUAGCAAAAUAAUUCCUCUAUCGAGUAUUGAACCCAUAGACACAGCAGCUCAUUUAAAAUUGUUAGGUGAAAGUUUAACUAUAAUAGGUGAACGGUUAAAAGAACAUGAAGGUCAAAUAGCUGUUUCAGGUAGCUUAUCAGUGCUCUUAGAUAGUUUAUUAUGUUCGUUGGGUCCUUUGUUAUGCUUAACAACAAAGAUACCUGGUCUAGAACAUAAGUCACAACUAAGUGAAAAUUUAUCAUCUACAUUAGAUAAUAUAGCAUAUGUUAUGCCGGGACUGUAAGAAACAGAAAGCUUCAUAAUACUUCUGUAAGUCGUAUUGUGUAACAAUUCGAAACGCUUCCACUUAUUUCUGACUUAUUUGCUCAUAAAAAUCUGCAAAUUUUCUCUUUUGUUCACAAACAAAAUUGUAAUUUAUAAUUGUAAAUUUUUUCCUAUUUAGGUAAUAUUCAUCUCCUGCUUAAACUACUCUAUUCAAUUAUUUUUAAAAUAACUUACUUUCAUGAACUAGUGAUAUUUAAUGAGAAAAAUGUAAGAUUUAGUAGUCAUUCUUGUAUUUAGGACAUAUUUAACUUGUUUUUAUUGUAGGUUGUAUAAAA